AUGCCAGAUCCCAGGUAUCGCAUUGAUGACGCCUGGGCAGUGACGUCCGAGGGUUGCUGCAAUACAAUGGCCUUGAUUCUGCAGAAGGCAGAGCAAAUACAUGCCACAAGGUUCGCGAAAGAGGUUGGUGACUUCGACGCGCGUGUGUACCAUGAGUGUCUCCAUUUGGUCGCUGCGCACCAAGGUUUCAAGGAGGGUCUGGAGUUGAGCCUCCCGUCGAGGGAUCAAAGGAUUCAGCAUAGAAAGAGGCCGGAAUCCUGCGGGAGAUUCCUGCGCCCAAACACAGACAGGACAAACUCAAACAUUGGCCAGGCCGAGAAGGAAGCCCAUGGUCCAUCUCCCUUUCGUGGCUUCACCUCAGCAUUGUCUACGACCUGUCCCACUGACCAGACGGCUAGGACACCUUUGAUCGAGCUUCGCACUGCCACCCACCUGGUGCAGAAGCCGCAAUCUCCUCGAAAUCUUGAGAGGCCAGGAUCUGCUAGAUUGCCUGCAUCCUCCAGGUUGUCAUUCCAGAGGCCGGCGACGAGCAGCUAG